AUGCCUCUUUUUCAAGAAAAUAAACAAAAUACUCAACAGCAAAAUAAUACCCAAGCCCAGAAUAGCCAAACUCAAAAUCAAACUAACACCCAAUCGGCUCAAACCCAGAAUCAGCCAGAGCAAACCAAAUCGCAAUCUGGACUAAUGACUAUUAUCGGGCAAUGCUUACCGUUUGCCCCCUUAGUGUUCGAACAGUUCACUGGUCAAAAAGUUCCUGCUAUCAGUGGCACCAUGGCCGAAAUCCAAUUAGCCCUCUCCCAAAUUCAAGUCAGCCAACAGCAAUUAUUAACCAGCCAACAGCAAUUAACCCAGAGAAUUACCAAUUUAGAAGUUAAUGCUUCGCAACAAUUAACUAAUUUAAGCCAACAAUUUCAAUCUUUACGCUUAACUCAUACCCGCGAAAGAAAAGAAAUUGAAUAUAAUAAUCCUAAUACUAUCAAAGAAACCGAAGAAUAUUAA